AUGGCACAGAAAUUGGUGGAAGUUAGUCGUCUGCCCGUUGUUCUUUUGAGCCUCGCCUUUAUCCUCUCCGCGAUUGCGGUGGGAACGCCAUUCUGGCAAGGAAAGAGUCUGUUCGCCUCUCAGAAUUUGCACUGGGAGCAAUUGUGCACGGCAGUGGGAGCCCUUCUGAUCAUUGGCUGCAUUGGCAUGGGUCUGGCUUUCCUUCUCGGCAUCUACUGGACCAUCUAUCCGGACACUGUAGGGCCUGUACUCUUGGCCUUCUACAUCACCCUCUAUGUGGGUGCAAUAGCACUGAGCAUCGCAGUCCUCGUCUUUACUACCAUGAUCACGAGGACGUGGUCAUUUUUCAUGGCCAUUAUGGCCUGCUUCUUUGCAGUUCUUGUUAUUUGGGUAGAUCUACCGCUGCUCUCAGUUACUCCAUUGCCAUGGAAAGGUCGGCAGGUUCCUGCCAGUCUGUAG